AUAUGAAGGUAGUAGUGGUGAUAUCACUGCUCUCGCUACUGGUCAUUGGGGCGCUCUCUCAAGCAGAUCUUGAUUUUGUAGAUGAAUUAGCAGAUUCUGCAGAUUCUGCAGCUCCUGAAGCUGAAGCAGAUUCUGCAGCUCCUGCAGAUUCGGCAGCUCCUCAAUCAGAAUCUGAAACUCCUCCUGAAGCUCCUGAAGCUCCUGAGGAGGAGGUACUCAGCUGUCAGUUUGACGAGAACGAUGAACGAUUUGCUGGUGUCGACCCGACUGAACAGAACACGAUUGAUAAACUUAUCCAGAAGAUUCAGGGUACUGCAAUGGGAGGGUUCAUUCGCAAAGUAAUCGCAAGGAAUAUUAAAAAACCUGACUCCAUGUUCCGGAGAAUGUUAGGACGACUCAUUCAAGAUCCUGCAGACGAGAACUUUGAUGAGGGAGAUGUUGAUAUCACAGAACCUGUGUCUGGACCCUUGACCUCCCUGAUAACUAAAGUAUUUGGGGAGACUAAAACUGUCGUGGGUUACCUCAGAACGUUCGGUUUCUUUGCCAAGGUUUUAGGAAUGUCACCCAACAAACUUGAGAACUACCAAGGAGGGAUACCCCCAUGUGCGAUCACACAAGCUAUCAAGGAAUUCCAAGUGUUCAACAAAUUGGAACCCUCAGGACGGCUCACCAAGGAAACCAGGGAACUGAUGACUAAAGAGAGGUGUGGCAAUCCUGAUGUUGGAUGUGAAACUCCUGACUGUAUCGCUGAACAGGAAAACGAAGAAAAUUCAGAAUAUCUUGAUAGAAGAAGGAGAUCACUGAGCAGACAGAAAAGAUGGGAAGUUGUUUCCGGCCGGACAUGGAAAAGCGGGGAUUUCAAGUAUUUCUUCGAAUCUUACACAGAGGACCUCUCCCUAGAAAUUCAGAGAAGAGAAAUUGAAAGGGGGCUCAGGGAAUGGACGGAAGUAGCUCAAAUAAACUUCAUAGAGGUUGACAAUGAAGAUGAUGCAGAUGUGUCAAUAGGUUUUGGUUCUGGAAAUCACGGAGAUAAGUACGCUUUUUCAGGACCUGGUGGUGUGCUAGCACACGGUUACUAUCCCAGAAAAGGAGAAAUGCAUUUUGAUGAUGAUGAGAAGUUCACUGCUGACCAGUAUUCCGGAACCAAUCUCUACUACGUAGCUACACAUGAGUUUGGUCACGUGUUAGGUAUCAGACACACUGACGUGAAGAAAGCUGUGAUGGGACCUUACUAUCCUGGGUACAAGACAGAGAUUGAUUUAACUGAUGAUGACAUUACAGCAGCCAGAGCUCUUUUCGGGGAAGGAAACGGUGCGGUAAGGCCACUCGGUGGAUCCAGUGGUGAUGAUUCUGAGGGAGAGGACAGUGACUCUGAAGAAGGAGCCACUGAAGGAAUUGGACCUGACAACAUUGAAAUUGGAGACUUUCCAGAAUCUGAAGAUGGAAGAGGUUGCCUAUCUGAGAUCCACGCAGCCUUCAACCACCCCACGGAAAAGUAUGCCUACGUCAUCUCAGGUGGUACAUACGUCAGACUUGAGGCUGAUGAAAGGAACAUGCCGGUUGUAUCAGAAGGGUACCCCCAGAAUGUAGCUGAACAAUGGCCGGGAGUGGAGGGUGAAGUAGACGCAGCCUUCACAGACUACGACAAUGGCAGGACCUUCUUCUUUGUUAACAGCUACCCAAGAAGGAAAGUGUACUGCUGGAACUGGAACGAGUCUAGGAUGGAGAUGGACGGAGAAGAUGAGGAAAACACUGUCUUUGCUCCUCUUCCUCAGACGGAAAUCAAGGGGAUUGCUAGUUACCGUGACUACGUUUUGUUUCUGUUCGAGAGCGAGUACUACUUGUGGACUCCAAGUACUGGUGUGUACGCAGAGCCACAGUCAUGGCCUUAUCAGUCAGGAGAAAAAUCAGUCCAUGUGAGUGGAGCUUUUGACGCAUUCCUACGAGGAUAUUUCUACACCGGUAGCGAACAAGCACCUGAGAAAUACGUGCUGUUCAGAUCAAGAGAGCUUAUCGAAGGUGACGGAGGACGGGUAGAUAAAUAUUCCUACCGUCGGUUUGACGAAGACAUGAACCUUGAAAUGUGCUACUAGAUAUACAACUUUCUUUAUUAUUUCAGAGGCUCACCUCUGAUUAUAUAAUAAUGAUAAAUAAUAAUAUAAUAAUAAAUAAAUAA